UCAUUUUUAUGUUUAAGUUACAGGCAAUUACGUUCUUCCAAAAGAUGCCACGAUUUUGAUAGUUCCAUUCCUGGUACAUCGUGCAGAAAAAUAUUACCCGAAUCCACUAGUUUUUAAUCCAGACAAUUUUCUACCGGAUAAAAUGCGGCAGAGAAAUCCUUACGCUUUUAUUCCCUUCAGUGCCGGGCCGAGGUCGUGUUUGGGACGAAAGUACGCAAUGCUGAAAAUGAAGAUCUUGCUCUCCACGAUAUUAAGGAAAUAUCGUAUUACUUCUGACGUGGCAUAUCAAAAUUUUUCUUUGCUAGCAGAGAUUACCCUGAAAAGGGGAGACGGAUUCAACAUCAAGAUCGAGCCGCGUAAAACCGCAUCUCAGACAGGAGAUACCAUCUCCUCAUAGGAAUGAAAAAAUACAAAUAUGGCAAUGUGUAUAAGUGUGUGCGUGUGUAUGUAUAUAAAUGUAAGCCUUGACA